CGAUAAGUACACUGAGCACUAAAGUCACUGAUCAAAUUAUCGUCCACAUGGAUGCCUUCGUCCAUGCAGUAUUGCUUAUUGUGUUAAUCAUCCCAGCGGUUGUUAGAGCAGUGAAUCAAUUACAAAUCAUAUUUACUGACCAAACCCAUAACAUCCAGAAAGGUUCAGAAGUUCGUCUGACAUGCGUAGUGAGCGGGGGAAACAACCCGAACUUGACAUGGAUAUCCACAAAAGGACAACUGCCACUGAACAGUGUAACGGAAAACAACGGCCAAACUCUGGUCAUAUCCGGGUUUGAUAUGAUGGACAACGGUCAAUAUCUGUGUGUGGCCUCGGAUGGACUGCAUUUCGCUAGUCACAUGUUUUCCGUAAAGUUGCCCUCAACACAAAAACCAUCAACGACAACUACCUUGCUAUCAAGUCCGUCUACAGCAGUGUCGUCAACAACUAAACCCAUGACAAAUAUGUUUGCAACUUUAACGAACAUUCAGACCACGGAUACAUCUCGUUCGCAAGAAAUAACAACAACAACAACACCAAAACCAACAACCACAGAACCGAUGAACAUGAUAUCGACUGCUAAUGGACACGUCCACACAUCAGGGCAAGUCUGUAUGAGAUGUAGAGAUGUCAUUUCCCCAGCGUACUGUACACAAACUAUUCAGUGUGGACCACACGAGGAGUGUUAUCUACAGAAGUAUGCAAGAGAUGGCAGAGUGUUAUAUAAACAGGAGUGUAUGCCUAGCGUGGCCUGUGGGGCAUGACCCCUAUCACACAGAUAAUUGGCAAGAGAAGACAGGCUGGUGAAAUCGUUCUCUGUGAAGCUUGCUGUUCUAACUUCAGCAGAUGUAACAUUGGAGGACUCUGUGGUACUCCUGGUGUGGCUGCCAAAAUAUUAAACCUCUCUGUAUCUCCAUUACGUUACAAUCUCGGGGAUGACGUGGAGGUCACGUGCAGUGCUAUGGGUGUACCUAAGCCUACAGUGGAAUGGAGUGUGCUUGUAUCAAGUGACAAAUUUCCCACCAACAUACACCUUCAAGUCAACAAGGACGGGUCCUCUCUGCGAAUCGAGAACUUUAGUCACGGCAACGAACAUCAAUAUCAAUGUACAGCUAAAAAUAGCAACGGCGAGGACGCCAAAUUAAUCACAUUGAGAGUUCAUUGAAUAAACAAUAAAAACAUCCACCAAUAA